CAUACGGUGUGGGAGGACGACAGACUCGGAGCCUCCGCAGAGCCGCUGUUGUUCACACGCUGUGCUCUUUUCCUCCCCCUGGCACCGUGCGCGCUCGCCAAGCCGCACUGUUUGGAGAUAGUCCGCGCGGAAAGUUUUUUUGGAGCAUACUGUCUGGAGCCGAUUAAUUGUGGCAUCUGUUUUUUUGUUUUUUUGGUUCUUUUUUUGCGAGGCGGAUGACUUACUUUUUUGCAUGUGAGGACUUUUAAUCCGAGCGGAGGAAUUGCCCCAGUCGUUUGGUUUGUUUUGGACAGCAUGGAAGGUAAAUUGACAAGUCGUUUGUGGCGAGGAUCACCGUGUGGAUCUUUCCGCAGGUAAAACGCGCUAUGACCUGAGCGUGUCAGCGGCUGGAUCUGAUGAUUAGAACGAGAUUUCCCAUGUUUGGGGUUAAAUCUUAAAUCUGGAACAAUUUUUUUUUUUUACUUGAGUAGGGGCUGUAAAAGUAGGCUGCUUUCAAUUAGAAGAUAAUCGACAAAGCAUACACCCGACGUUUCCGCCAGUGGCACUUUGGGUUGCCGUAGAUGGUUUUAUGUGUUAAUAGCUGCCGCAGAGUCACGCACUGAUUCGCUGUAGGAACUGAUCAUUUCCUCACGUUGUCUUUGGACAGUUUGUAUAUCCCGCUGCUUAAUUCCAGCCCUCUGAACUGUUUGGCGCACGGAGCGCGUUCAAUGAUUGCUGGGCGUCCGCGCUCACCCAAACACCAAACCUGAAGAGCUCUCAGCUGCAGCUCGGCUCUCUCUUCGCCCAACCAAGCACUUUCCAAGAGGUCUGGAUAAAACGACGAGACUUGUCCACGGUGCAGCAGAAGAGGAACUCUUAAAUCCACCUGGCCUGCACUGGGAUUAUUGGUUUGAUAUCGUCUGCAGAAAGUGGAUUACAGCUUCUAGCGGGCAGUGCUCCCCGAUCGGCGGCAGUAUGAACCUGGGCCUGGGCUGUGUGUGUCGGCCAGUUUGCUGGCCCUUUGGCAGCGUGUUGGACUCCAGACACUGUGUCUUUGCCCUCACGCUCCUCACGCUCCUCAUGCAGGUGGUGGUGGAGGCCAACUCAUGGUGGUCUCUGGCCAUGAACCCUUUACUGAUCCCGGAGGCCUACAUCAUCGGUGCCCAACCUCUGUGCAGCCAGCUGGUGGGCCUGUCGCAGGGCCAGAAGAAGCUGUGCCAGCUCUACCAGGACCACAUGCAGUACAUCGGCGAAGGUGCCAAGACAGGAAUCAGAGAGUGCCAGUACCAGUUCAGACAUCGUCGCUGGAACUGCAGCACAGUGGACAACUCCUCUGUUUUUGGACGGGUCAUGCAAAUAGGCAGCCGAGAAACAGCGUUCACUUAUGCCAUCAGCGCAGCGGGGGUGGUGAACGCGGUGAGCCGUGCCUGCAGAGAGGGGGAGCUCUCCAGCUGUGGGUGCAGCCGCGCGGCUCGCCCCAAAGACCUGCCUCGAGACUGGCUGUGGGGCGGCUGCGGAGACAACCUCAACUACGGCUACAGGUUUUCCAAGGAGUUUGUGGACGCGCGCGAGAGGGAGAAGAGCUACCCCAAAGGCUCAUAUGAGAGCGCCCGGCUGCUGAUGAAUCUGCACAAUAAUGAGGCUGGAAGGAGGACGGUGUCGGACCUUGCCCACGUGUCCUGCAAAUGCCACGGGGUAUCGGGCUCCUGCAGCCUGAAGACUUGCUGGCUGCAGCUGGCUGACUUCCGCAAGGUGGGCGACGCACUGAAGGAAAAGUACGACAGCGCUGCUGCCAUGAAGCUCAACUCGCGUGGGAAGAUGGUGCAGAUGCACAGCAAGUUCAACGCUCCCACGAGCCACGACCUGGUGUACAUCGAGUCCAGUCCAGACUACUGCCUGAAGAACCAAAGCACGGGCUCCCUGGGCACAGUGGGGCGCCUUUGCAACAAGACCUCAGAGGGCAUGGAUGGGUGCGAGCUGAUGUGCUGCGGCCGCGGAUACGACCAGUACAAGGCCCAGAUAGUGGAGCGCUGCCACUGCAAGUUCCACUGGUGCUGCUACGUCAAGUGCAAGCGCUGCACCAAAAUCGUAGACCAAUUCGUCUGCAAGUGAGAAGGGGAGUGUUGCCUGUGUGUGUUUGCUUGCAGACGAUGGGCAUACAUCAUGUAUUCAUGAGCAGAGGAGCAAAGGAGUUGAACACAGAGAGAGAAUGGAAGAAAGAAACUAUAUAAAUUAUAUUUAUAGAGUUAAACAAUUAUGCCAUUGCAAAAAGACUGACUCUUUUUUUUUUUUUCAAAAAAAAUCUUAUGUCUUCAGAAACUGAGAGUAUCGUGAAAUAUUUAUUUUGAGAUCGCUAUGUUUUAUUCUGGCCCAGUCAUCACCAGCCGAUUUUAACCCCGUCAAGUGCCUAAAACUGGCUGGAAAUCUCCCCCUCACGCUUUUUUAAUUUCAGAAGAUGCCAUUUUUCUUGUCACAUGGGUCACGCUGAUUGCGAAAUUGGACUGUGCUUCCCAUUUCCUAACGAAAGUAGAGUUUGAUAUUUGUGGCGUAGUUGACUUAGAGGUCCUGGUUUGUUUGUGGAUGACUGUGUUGAGAGGAGAACACUUGUGUGCUGUAGCCUAUGGAUGUGUUUUUACGGGCCCGGUCCAAAGCCAGCCUUCACAUCCUUACCGAAGUCUACUUCAGUCCCCUCCCACCACAUAUAGAGUAAGGAACACUGUUGGUGCGUACGAGUCCUUAGAGUACAAUGGGUACAAUAAGAGGGCUGUUUUGGGGAUUGGGCCUUUUAUUAAGCUGUCCCAGAUGCCUUAGAGUUCCCCAGGUGCUGCAACAAGCCCUCCACCAUUAUGCACUUUGAUACAGAGGAUUAAACCUGUCUGUACGUGUCUGUUCGGCUGUUUUUUUAGACAGUGCAUCAGCAAAUAUAUCAAUAUUAUAGCCUACAUUCUUUUCCAUAUUAAUUCAGAUUAUCCAUUUAACAUUAUUCUACAAUACUUAACAUGGUUUGAAUAUAUAUGGGCAAUGUUGUGGUUACAGUGGUGAAAUAUUCCAUGCUCUGUGUAUAUAGUAUGUCUAUCCAACCAAUCAGUAAACUGUAUUUAUUUUCUUUAACCAGAUCCUCCUUUACGCUUACAACAGAAAAGCGUCAUAGUCGGACAUCCCCAAGUUUUAAUGUCACUUUUAAAAAAUUUUGUUCUCACUAAUGCGUCUCUUCACUGUUGUUGUAAAGGGAAAUGCACCUUAUUGUUUGGAAACACAGAUUCUUCCUUCUCACUCAUGUUCAGCUUUACUGUCACACACACACACACACACACACACACACACACACACACACACAUAUAUAUAUCACACAUGUUCAGAUUUGAUCACAGAUUUCCAGUACCACUCAGUUAACUGCUCACUAUCCCUGUGAUGAUUCUCCAUUGACAAACUAUCUCUACCAAUCCAACUAUGUAUAUUUAUAAGCUUCUCCAUGAAUUUGAGGUUUGUUAAGCGUAAUGUGUUAUAGCUGAUAUUUUGUUACUUUUUACAAAUUGGCUCAAUGCUCUACUUUGUUUCAAUAAAUAUCUAAUGUAAAACCA